CUCUGAGCGUGAAGCCGCAGUGGCUGUGAUAAACCACGUGACGCGGUGAUCCGGGUGUCAGAGUGGAAGAGAAACAGGCGUUAUUCCUUUGUAAAUACUGUUAUUUGUAUAUACUGUAAAUGAUGACUUCAGUGGGCGGAAGCCGGACCCGGGGCAACUGGGAGCAGACGCAGGGUCAGACACAGAGCCAGUCACAGCACAAGCAGAGGCCCCAGGCCACCGCUGAGCAGAUCCGACUCGCGCAGAUGAUCUCGGACCAUAAUGAUGCAGACUUUGAAGAGAAGGUCAAGCAGCUGGUUGACAUCACAGGAAAGGAUCAGGAUGAGUCCAUGAUAGCGCUUCACGACUGCAAUGGAGACGUCAACAGAGCCAUCAAUGUCCUUUUGGAGGGCAGCCCUGACACUGACUCAUGGGAGAUGGUUGGAAAGAAGAAAGGAGUUUCAGGUCAGAAGGAAAGCGCACAGACAGAUGGAGGAGAUGAGGGCAAGGAGAACCGAGAGAAAGGAGGAGAAAGAGAUGUGGCACGUCGCCGAGGAGGGGCCCCGCGGAGGGGCCGUGGAGCCAGCCGCGGGCGAGAGUUCCGUGGGCAGGAGAAUGGGUUGGAUGGGGCCAAGGCAAGUGGAGUUGCAGGCAGAGGAAUGGAGCGAGGCCGUCGGGGAAGAGGCAGAGGAAGAGGUGGAGCUGGAAGGCGAGGUGGGAGGUUUUCAGCUCAGGGCAUGGGCCAGAUUGAUAAGAGCCCCAGAUAUGAUUUGUCAGGAGAUGAGAGUACGUUUAACCCAGCGGACUACACUGAGCCAGCCCAAACAGAAGAGAGCUACACAAGCGGCAGCACUUGGAGUAACACAGGCAACCUGGAACCCGAGGAUGGAAACAGGCUUGAGUUUACAGGUGGAGAGGGAACAAACUAUCCUCGAAAGUUUGACUCGGCCCCUGGUGCUUGGAGAACUGCCACAGAAGAGUGGGGCAUGGAGGACUGGAAUGAGGAUUUGUCAGAGACCAAGAUAUUUACUGCCUCCAGUGUGGCGUCCAUGCCCAUUCCACAGGAGAAUGUCACAAUUACAGCUGGACAGAGGAUUGAUCUGGCGGUGUUGCUGGGGAAGACACCUCCCUCCUCUUCCUCAGAGGCAGAGCCUGCUUUGCUUGAAGGCCCACAGCCACCAUCUCUGUCUCAGUCUCUUGUGUUCAGCAACUCAAAGCAGACAGCAUCACUGUCCCAGUCCUCCUCCAGUGCUCCUUACAGCCAGCACAGCAUGGUGAGCAUGCUCAGUAAGGGUUUCGGUGAUGUUGGCGAUCCAAAAGGAACCACUGGAGGCUCCACGACUGGUUCUCAAUUUCUGGAGCAGUUUAAGACGGCCCAGGCUUUGGCACAUCUAGUGGCCCAGCACUCACAAAGCGGCACACCCAAUGCUGGUCCUUCUACCUGGGAUACCAGCCCCACUACACUGGGACAAUAUGAUAUGAAACCUCAAACGGAGCCUGUGCACAGUCCCUUCACCAAACGGCAGCCAUACCAGCCCACCUCCACUUCCUCCUCAAUGGAUGCCUUCUUGCAGGACAAAGCCACACCUGCUUCUACCACCUCAGCCUUGCUCCCUCAGUCCACUCCAUCAUCAUCAUCAUCAUCAUCAUCACUGCCCCAGGCCAUCACCACCCCUGUCCCCAAACCCUCAGGACCCACCCCAGGUCAGCAGAACUCUUCCAGCCCAGCUGAUCCUCAGGCAUCCAGCCCACUCCCCCUGCAGCAGCACAAACUAAAACAGCAGAAGAAGAGGGCUUCCAUCACAACCAAGAUUCCAGCCCUAGCAGUGGAGAUGCCAGGCUCUGCGGAUAUAUCUGGGCUCAACCUGCAGUUUGGAGCAUUACAGUUUGGCUCUGAACCGGUGCUUUCAGAGUACGAUUCCUCGGCAUCUGUUGCCACGACGACACCAGGCAACCAAGGCCAGAACACAAGGCACCUUUACACAAGUGCUAGCAAGUGG